AUGGUCUCAAUUGACAAGCUAACCAGAGAAGAACUUACUUCAAUAAUUGCUCAAGAAUUACAUAUCGAUGUCGGUUUUCCUUGUUUUUCUGUAGAAGAACAAACUGGAGCUACAGCGUGUUGUUCACAAACAUUGGCUAACCGCUUUGAGACAAGCGAAAUUUCGUGA